UUUCAUCAAUGCGCCCCAGAUGGCCCCUUGUCGCUUAAACGCACUUCGCUCAUCUGCCAGUGUUCAUCAAAUCACCCUAUAUUAAAUGACGGUCCUACCAUUCUCCCCUCCCUGGACGCGUCUGUGGACGACUCGGCGUCUGCCAUUAGUCACGGGGCAUCUGAGGACGCUCAUGUGCCACAGAUUCACCUUCAUAGCUCAAAAGACUCAUUCGUUUAUCCAACAAAACCUCCUCUCUUGCCAAGUAAUGCUUGUCCUCCGUCGAUCCCUUUAUUCAAUACACCAUCCGAUCUGCCGCCUAGCCCUUCUUCGGGUACACGUUCGGACCGCUGGCAGAUUUUCGGUCGGCUCUUCCGUCGCCAGCAGCCUUAG